AUGCGCUUCCUCGUUGCACUAGCACUGGUUGGCGCCGCCGCUGCUUUUGUGAUCCCCCACGAGGACAACCGGCAAAAGCGCUCCCCAACUGACGUUGCCCCGACCGGCGUCGACGUGAAGCCGUGGAAGAAAAACGAGCCCAACCUCCGCCAGAUCAAGGCCGACAAGGAACAACAGAAGAUUGGAGGCUCCGCCGGAAUCCGUCGUGACACCCGCUCCGCCGAGUUCGACGUGGCCAAGGACAAAAUUGGGGGACAGGCCGGAAUUCGCCCCAAGGAUCAGAAGAUUGGAGGACAAGCCGGAAUCCGACCCCGCGAGGAGGAGAAGAAGUUCGACGUCGCCAAGGACAAGAUUGGAGGAGCCGCUGGAAUCCGCCGCGACACCCGCGAUGCCGAGUUCAACGUGGCCGAGGACAAGAUCGGAGGAAAGGCCGGCAUCCGCCCCGAUAACCAGCCGGUGACCGACGUGAAGCCGUGGAAGAAGGACCAACCCAAGGCCCUGUCCGGCAAGGUCAAC